AUGAACACGGCUCCGCACCGACAAAGCACGCACCAAGGUCAAUGCCAGGAACACUCGAUGCAGCUAGACUCCGUCACCUAUGAUCCAGAUGAGGUUCUUUCACCAGGCACUCCUCAGAUGAAAGCAGUGCAUCCAAAGCUCGAACUCACCGAGAGCCCUCCCCCGGAAAUACCAAGCGCUCAAGUCAGUUUCAGCCCUCCUCCUCUCGACGGAUUUCCCAAGUCUAAUCGCCCAAAGAUCCGGCCCGUCUCUGGUGAUGCUGUCCUUGUCGCCUACCUCGGCGGCGGCAGUCACCCUGAGAUAGCCCAAGCUGCUAGCCACCAGGCAUUGCCUGGCGCAGACGAGGGCUCCUUUGAGUUCUCUGAUGGUGAAGAUGACGCCUCACAAAAGAGUCCAUCGCGAGACGCCAAACUUCCGGAAGCCGACAUUAUCCAGCGGCCGGAUGGCGCCGCUACGGCCCUGCGGGCCGUUGCCGCCGAUGCUUUAGCUGCGGGUGGCCACCUCUCCGGGGAAGAUAAGCCCAGUGUUGAUCUGUCAGCCUCUACUUACCAACUCUCAAUUCAUGACGAUGCCGUAUCCAGCCCCAAGCGCGAAGUCAAAAGCCCGCCGUUGGGCGGACAUCUCAGCAUGUUGUCGCCCUUGCCCCCUUUGCAAAUAGACUCGCCCAAAGACUUACCAGGACGUGUCCCACGCUUCUCGUCAAUGUCAACCGGCAGUCGUGCGUCGCAUCCAAUUUCUCCCAGCGAAUCGUAUCAACGCAGCUUCCCAUCUCCCAACUCCCUUCCCGCCUCCAGUCCUGACAACUUCGCGACCAAUGGAUCAAUGCAUCGCUCUCCCGCCGAGUACCCCAAUAAUAACGCCUCCAGCAAUGCCCACCAACCCGGCUACACCAUCACAUCGCCAGUCAACAUAGCCUCUGUAGCGGAUCGCAUGAGCAUCGACGGAAUCACUAACCCUCAAGUUGGAAGUUACAGCUGCACAUAUCCCGGGUGCACUGCCCCGCCGUUUCAAACCCAAUAUCUUCUCAAUUCUCACGCUAAUGUGCAUUCUUCAGUCCGUCCUCACUACUGCCCCGUGCAAGGUUGUCCUCGUGCUGAAGGGGGGAAAGGAUUCAAACGGAAGAAUGAGAUGAUUCGGCAUGGUCUGGUCCACGACUCUCCUGGAUACGUCUGCCCCUUUUGCGCAGACAGAGAACACAAAUAUCCCCGGCCGGACAAUCUCCAGAGACACGUUCGCGUUCAUCAUAUUGAUAAAAAUAAGGACGACCCCCUGCUGAGGGAUGUAUUAGCACAACGUCCAGACGGCCCAAGCAGAGGCCGACGAAGAAGGGCACAAGCCUAG